AUGGCGACGUUUGUAGAAGGGGAAGACGGAUUGUAUCCUGUGGAGGAUAUCGUAGGAGUUAAAAGGGUCUUCAGCAAGUUUUUCUUUCGUGUAAGAUGGAGGGGUUACAACGAUCCCAAAGAAGACACUUGGGAGCCUUUGGAAUCGUUUCAGCAAACCACAAACUUUGAGUUCAGAAAAAAGAUUGAAGAUCUCAAACGCUGGUACUGGGACACUGGCCAGGCGGAGAAGGAACUGCUGCAGAGGCGCUACAACAAACUGCUGCAAAAGUCGCAGAAGCAGCGAAAAACGGUCCCCCAUACCAGCAAGCAGCAACAGCAGCAACAGCAGCAACAGCAACAACAGCAACAACGGCUACAGCGCCAGCAGCAGCAACAGCAAUCCAGACGCACUACCACAGGCUCCGCAACUUUGCGUGAUAGUACUAGUAGUCAAAGUCUAGACAAAUGGCCUUCUGCGAGGACGCUGCCGCCGAAAGACCCGCUGCAGCAGGGGAGAGCGUGGGAGAAGACCGGUGGAACCAACGGUAGCUGCAGCAGCAGCAGCACGCUUGCGUCGGGUCGUCUCGCUGAUUCCAUCCUCUCGUCCUCUUCCUGCGCUUCUUCUUCGCAUUCUUCUUCGGGAGACUCUGAUUCUUCUUAUACUGAAGGCCCCCAGCUGCGCUGGAAGCAGCAUCAGCGUCGGCGGCGGCAGGAGCAGCAGCAGCGUCGGCGGCCGAGGCGGCAGCAGCAGCACAAGAAACUGCAACUAGGGCAGGUGCCUUCAAAGCUGGUGCGACGGGCCUUUCCGCCCCCCGAGUCGGCAGCAGUUGAGGUGCAUCGGCAACGCUACAUGAAGGUGAAGGGCAUGCAGGAGCACCAUAGACAGCAGCAGCAACAGCAAUCGGAGGGGGCUAAGGUCGGCUGGUACCGUCCUGGGAAACUCCCAGAUCGACUGUCUUCGCCAGAGGUAAAUUACGGAAACGGUAGCAGCAGCAGAGUCAGGAACAGACAAUCCCUGCAGCAGCAGCAGCUGCGGAAGAAACGGAAGCAACAACACCAGCAGGUGCACCAGAGACCCCCUCUCUCCAAGACAGCCAAGAGGAAGGGGACCCUGCUUCGCAGUCAGCAGGCUGAAGUCGAGACAUGUUUGAGGAAAGCCGAUGCAACGGAAGUCAGCAAAGGCAGCAGAAGCAGCCACAGCAGCGCCAUGAACAGCUGCAGCCGAAGCCGCAGCAGCAGCAGGGAUGGAUGGGAGGAGGACGGCACACAGCAAGGCAACUCAUGGCUACAGCAGCAGGAAGCAGUUGGCUGCCACUCCUCUGGUCUCGGCAGCAAAGACAACGACUACUUAGAGUUCAGGGGGGACUGGGAUCCAGUAGCAGCAGUAAACAGCCGUUGUAGGCAGCUGCGCAAGCUGCAGCAGCAGCUGCAGCAACAGCUGCACCUGAAGCAGCACCAACGCAGUAACAAAGUAAUGCACGAAGGCCUGCAGCAGCAUCACCACCUACUGCUGCAGCAGAGGACAGCACGGACACAGUCCAUGCGGGGGCAGCGGCAACAAAUCGUCGACAGUAUGGACGACAGUAGAAGGCACAAGUGGGUGCCCCCAGCAACAGGAAGUAUUGAAGUUGUGGGGCUGGGGUUUGGCGUGGGGGAGUCAGAGACGGAAGUGUUGCACAAAUGCACAGAGAGAUGCUAUUGCGGUGUAAACUGUGACUAG